CCUCUGUCUCGUAUCCCUAAUGCCGGUUGGGGAGCAGGCUAUUCGAGGUUGAUCUGGGCUUUUCGUCAGGAAUACCGAGGCAACGUCACUCUUGAACUUCCAAAAUUGCAUGAGACCCUAGGCCCUCUUAUCCGAAUUGGCCCCAAUGAGCUGUCGUUCUACUCCAUCGACAUCUAUGAUACAGUCCAUAAAGUCACGGCGGAUUCGUAAAGGAUCCCGAAACUAUGGCGAAUUCGUCCAAGAUGAACACCCCGCACUCUUCUCUAUCACGUUUCGUAAUAACCCUCCAGAAAGGCGGAGAAUCCUUGGCCAACUCUUCAGCCGCAGUAAUAUCGAGAAGCUUGAAGGAUUAUGCUUCACCACAUUGAAAAUUCAUCUCGGCAGUUGGAAAAAGAAGUACCUUUUUGAUGUAGGCCCUGCCUGCCGCGCCUUGGAGGCAGAUAUCAUAUGUGAGACCCAGGGUAUGACCCAGCUCUACGUUCACUAGCUAACUUCUCAAGCGGAGUUUUCAUUCGGCGAAGCCUUAUCAGCCGUCUCUGCCUGGUCUAAAGGUGAAGAAAGUUGCUCUGUAUCGAAGAAACGAUGAAAAAGCGACCUUUUUUGCCUCUGUUGUUGUUGUUGUUGUUGUUGUAUUUAACGCCGUGGCGGCCGGGCUAGAGCCCUUACCGCAGACCUCCCGAAGGGUAUAUGGCGUGGAGGGCCGUGAGCCAAGGCUACCUACUCUACAGUACGUCGUCUCUUUACAUCGUCCUCC